AUGAAGAACACCCCAAAGGCAGUCUUACUCGGAUGGACAACACUUGCUCUUUGUGCAUUUGGAGGAUUCACCUUUGCAAAAGAUUAUACCAAUAACAAACUAAAGCAUUAUACCGAGAAUGUUGGAUCCGUGACCUCAAGCACCGGAAAAUCACCUGCUAUUCAAGUGGAGCAGACCGAUGCCAAUGGCAAUAAGAUUCUUCGCAGAUCUGUAGAUCGUUCACUUUAA